CGGCGCACCUCUUCUCUCCGUCCCUCGAGUCUCGACUCUCGCUCGGUCGCUUCUGCCGCUCUCUCCUGUCUCCCCUCGUUCUCUCCCCAAGUCCCCAGUCCCCGUCGCCCCUAAUUGACGAAACCCUAGGGCGGCCGGCAGCAGUCCGAAGGCCCGACCGCGCGGCCAGCGAGGGAGGCUGGGAGCGCCGGCACGCCGCAGCCGAGCAGCAGGGCAGCAGCGAGGUCGAGCGCCACACGAACACGAAUCCUUGGUCUGCCACUGGCGAUGCUUUGUGGGCUUGCAUGAAGGGUGUGCACAACAAACUCAGGCGUCCGAUUUCCUGUGCCUGAGUCAGCCAGCAUAUCAGGGCACCAACCAAACACCACUCCGGUAAUUUCAGGGAGGACUUCGGUCAGGCAAAUUCAGCUCAAGGUGGCAACCAAACAAGCCCUAGUUGGCACCAUAGAUCCUUUUGGUACCCGACUAUGGUGAGGGUGCAUUCAGUUUUCCAAAAAAAUUGGGGGUUCAGCUGAACCCCCAUGACCCAAGUGAAGUCCUCUCCUGGUGGAACCCGUGGUGGCUGAGGGUUUGUGUGUUGAAAAGGGAGAUGGAUGAUACCUUGGCUAUUAUAAAGAAUAAGUUGAAGAAGCGGAAGAAGGGCAAGGAUGGCACUGGUGUUGCAGUGGCUCAAUGUGGUGCCAAGGGUGAGGUAUUGGCUCAACAGGAAGAUGCGCAGGGUGUUGUUGAUAAAGGUGUGGGUGUUGCUGAUGAGAGGAGCAGUCAUGAUGGCGUGAAAGUGGGGGAUGGUGAAGUGGCUGGGCACGGCGUGCAGGGUUUGGAUGAUUUGGGGUUGGAAGACUCCUUGUCGGUGCUGUUUACAAAAUCUGGUCGGAAGUCUCGGCAAGUCUCAGAGAAGGAGGCAGAAGGUGUGGGUCUUGCUUGUCCACAUGAUGAGGAAGGUCUUGACAAGGGAUCUGGUUUGGCUCUGGAUACAGCUUCCAAGGGCACCAAAAGGAGGAGGCGGCGCACAAAGGAAGAGAUGAAGAAUGCUGGUGCGCAUGAUCGGAAAGCCUCAUUGCCCCGGAAGGCAAAGGCAAAGGCAAAGGCAAACACUAACAAUUUUAACAGACGCUCUAAGGUUGGUGCUCACCAAACUUUGGGUCCUGAACUGGAAAAGAAGUCUGAUGGGAAAGAGAAGGCUGCAGAUGAUGGAUUAUGUCGCCUGUCAUUUGGAGAAGCGCUUUUACAAGAUGUGGAAGCCAACAAUGUACUAAGGGAUGGAUCUAGAAACUCUUUCGAUGGGGCUAGUCAUCACUUUGAAGUUUCAGCUUGGGCAAGCAAUCACCCUAGGUUGAAAUCUUGUUCAGGAGAGCUUGCUGAAAAAGCAUCUUGCACUGCAGCAAAUGCAAUCACUGGGGGUGUUUCUGAUGCGCACACAUGUUCCCAAAUAUUAGGGAAGGACAGCAGUGAUGAUGUAGAUUGUUCACAAGGCAAGUCACCAACAUCAACCAUAAAAAGGAAAACUGGUCUAAAACCAAAACAGGUACCCAGGAAACCUGUUCGACAAAAAGAGGCAUUAUCAUCUGUUGAUGCUAAACCAGCUGAGACGGCAGAAAGUGAUGUUUUAUCAAAGCAGCGACUUAGAAGUGAUGUUCAGCUGUCGAGAUCAAGUGCUAAGCAGUCUAAUUCGUUGACAACCAGUGUGGCAGGGUGUACAGGUGGCCCUAAUGAUGGGAAGAUUGAACCAAAUGCAGAUGUACGUACAGAAGAAAAUUUGGAUCAGCUGGCUGCUUUUGGGGCCAAGGAUUCUUGUCCUCCUCGUAACAUGACGGCACCUGCAAAAGAUCUGGAUAUGGUUGACAUGGCAGCACCAUCGGAUUUUGAAGACAUGGACAAUGCAUCAAAGGUGAAACGUGUUACACGAAGUUCCAGAAAACGCAAACAUGGUGACAUGGCAUAUGAAGGCGAUGUUGACUGGGAAACUCUAAUGCAAGAGCAGGGGCUGUUCUCAAACCCCUCAGCAGGUUUUGCGGAUCAAUCCGUCAAAUCGAAAGAUAAAAUUAAAACUUCAGAAGUUUAUGAGAGUGGAGGUGAUAAUGGUGUUGCUGCAGUACGUGCUGGCCUAAAGGCGAAGGCUGUUACACCAAUUGAGAAGAUCAAGUUUAAGGAAGUCUUGAAGCGCAAGGGUGGCCUUCAGGAGUACCUAGAGUGCAGGAAUGUAAUACUAAGUCACUGGAGCAAGGAUGUUAAACAUUUAUUGGAUCUUGCAGAAUGUGGUGUUUCUGAUGUUCCUUUGAAAUAUGAGUCGUCACGUCAAGCACUUAUUCGUGAUGUGUAUUUAUUCUUAGACCAAAAUGGCUGCAUAAAUGCUGGAAUUGCAUCAGGCAAGGUGGUAAAGGGGCACAAUACUCCUUGUUCUGAAGUUGUGGAAGUACCCAAGCUAAAUGAAUCACAUGAAAUGGAAUCAGACAGCCUUCAAGAUGGCAUUGUCGCUGCAUCACUCCAGAAUAAGGGUCCUGAGUAUGGCACGGGCAUUGAAUGUUGCAGAACUGCAAGUGUUAAAAAUACUGAAUGUGCUUUGGUAGAAGCAUCAAAUGAAAAGAAUUGCCCCACUAUUCACUGUGAUGCUCUGGAGUUGCUACCUCACUUGAAGUCUGAAGAACAGCCUAUUGAAGAAAAGAAUCUAGACAUGUCAACUGAGGGUAGAGAUGCAUCGCUGCCAUCCAGCAAUUUCGGUAUCCACUGCAGGUCAUAUCUGGACAGUCCUGUUGGAAAAGUUGAAGUCCCUAAUCAACCAGAAGCAGCUGGUAUUGAAAAUUGUAGAAACAGCCGUCCAAUAAGUGAUAGAGUUGAAUCUGGUGUGUAUCGCAAAACGAUAAUCAUUGUGGGAGCUGGUCCUGCUGGUUUAACUGCUGCGCGCCAUUUGCAACGACAAGGUUUUUCGGUCACUGUUCUUGAGGCACGUGAUAGGAUUGGUGGUCGUGUUUACACAGAUCGCACAUCACUUUCAGUUCCUGUGGAUUUGGGUGCUAGCAUUAUUACAGGAGUCGAGGCUGAUAUCGCUACUGAAAGACGGGCUGAUCCAUCCUCUUUGAUUUGUUCUCAGCUUGGUCUUGAACUGACUGUGUUAAACAGUGCUUGCCCUCUCUAUGAUGUAGUCACUGGUGACAAGGUUCCUGAUGAUUUGGAUGAAGAUUUAGAAGCUGAAUACAAUGGCCUUCUUGAUGAGAUGGCACUGCUUUUUGCACAAAAUGGUGAGAGCGCAAUGGGUUUAUCCCUUGAGGAUGGAUUGGAGUAUGCUCUUAGGAAGCAUCGUGCAGCUCAACCUACAGCUUCUGUGGAGCAGGAUGAUCACUUGACAAGUAUGGCCAACUCUGGAGCUGUAGACAUUUCCAAAAGUGCUGCAACAGAAAAGGAGAUAGCUCAUUGUGGGAAGGACGAUAAGAUAGAUGUUCUCAGCCCUCUUGAGAGAAGAGUUAUGAACUGGCACUUUGCACACUUAGAGUAUGGUUGUGCUGCAACGCUCAAAUCUGUAUCCCUUCCAUACUGGAACCAGGAUGAUGUAUAUGGAGGAUUUGGAGGUGCUCAUUGCAUGAUCAAAGGUGGCUAUGACACUGUUCUGCAUAGCCUUGCAAAAGGACUUGAUGUUAGGUUAAACCAUGUUGUAACUGAAGUACUCUAUGGAUCCGAGGAAUCAGGUGCUAGCUGUGCGGGUGGGAAACAUGUUAAGGUUUCCACUUCAAAUGGAAGUGAAUUUAUUGGAGAUGCUGUGUUAAUAACUGUUCCUCUUGGUUGCUUGAAAGCACAGACAAUUAAAUUUUCUCCUUCCUUGCCAGACUGGAAACUAUCUUCGAUAAACAGGCUUGGGUUUGGUGUUCUAAACAAAAUAGUAUUGGAGUUCCCUGAGGUAUUUUGGGAUGAUAAUGUGGAUUACUUUGGUGCAACUGCAGAAGAAACAGAUUUAAGAGGACGGUGCUUUAUGUUUUGGAAUCUCAGAAAGACAGUUGGGGCACCAGUUCUGAUAGCUCUAGUUGUUGGGAAGGCUGCUAUAGAUGGACAAAGCAUCAGUUCCGGUGAUCAUGUUAACAAUGCUAUGGUGGUUCUCCGAAAGCUCUUUAGGGAUGCUUCUGUACCUGAUCCAGUUGCAUCUGUUGUGACAAAUUGGGGCCUUGAUCCCUUUAGUAGAGGUGCUUACUCUUACGUUGCAGUUGGAGCAUCCGGGCGAGAUUAUGAUAUUCUCGGAAGACCAGUUGCAAAUUGUUUGUUUUUUGCUGGUGAAGCAACAUGCAAAGAGCAUCCAGAUACUGUUGGUGGUGCAGUUUUGAGUGGUUUGCGAGAAGCUGUUCGCAUCAUUGACUUAGUAAACACUGGAAAUGACUAUAUCGCUGAGGUUGAAGCUCUGCAGACUUACCAAAUGCAGUCAGACAGUGAAAGAAAUGAAGUUAGAGACAUGUCAAAUAGACUUGAAGCAUGCGAACUUUCAACCGCUCUAAGUAAAAACUCAUCUGAUAUAAUGUAUCCAAUUGUUAGCAAGGAAUCUUUGCUGCAAGAAAUGUUCUUCAGUGUAAAAACUACGUCAGGGCGCCUACAUUUGGCUAAGGAAUUAUUGAAGCUUCCCGCUGAUGUUCUUAAAUCAUUUGCCGGGUCUAAAGAAGGACUAAGUACACUGAACUCUUGGAUACUUGAUUCACUAGGGAAAAAUGCUACUCAACUACUGCGGCACUGUGUGCGCUUGCUUGUGAUUGUUUCAACUGAUCUGGUAGCUGUGCGUUUAUCAGGAAUUGGGAGGACUGUAAAGGAGAAAGUUUGCAUGCACACAAGCCGAGAUAUUCGUGCUAUAGCUCGUCAGUUGGUCAGUGUGUGGAUUGAAGUCUUUCGUAAAGAAAAGGCUAGCAAUGGACUCAAAUUGCUGCGUCGAAUACCAUCAAUUGAAUCAACUAAGACCAGGAGUAAGGAUCUGCAAUCAGGAAAGCCUACUUUACGUGUGCAAGAUGAUACUUUGGACAAUCAUAAAGUAGCUUCGCAGCGCCAGCAUGGAGCAUCUCCCAGUAGCCACUCACCACCCAAAACAAACAAGAAGUCUGAGAACAAGGACACAAAAUUGGAAACUGUGACAGCUACCAGGUCCGAUGGCAGCUCACUUUCCCAAAAGCAACAUCACGGUAUCAAACCUCAGGUAGAGCUUGUCGUUCCUAUGUCUGAGGAAGAAGCUGCUGCAUUCGCUGCUGCCGAGGCUGCUCGAGCUACUGCCAUAGCAGCUGCACAGGCAUAUGCAUCUGUAGAGGCAGAGAUAAAUGUGCCUCGUGAGCUUCCAAAGAUACCAUCAUUCCAUACUUUUGCGAGGCGUGAUCACUAUUUGGACGAAUCUGAUACAAGAAAAAAAGUGUCGAAGGAUAAUUUUGGGAGACUUGAGUGCAUAUCAGAAAUUGAUUCCAGGAAUGGCAAAGCUAAGGACUCAUCAGCUGACAACACCAACUGUGCUGACGUUGACAGCUCAAAAAUGACUGAAGAUAACUGCACACAGAGGAGCCAAUCAAACGAGAAAGCCUGCCUAACAAAUAUUAGGGAUCAUUCUACAGAUAGCUGUGCUGUAGACAGUCGGUUUACGAGGGCAUGGGUUGAUACUGAUACAAUCUGCAUCGAUGGUGUCAAGGAUCCUCUAGCCAUUGAGAGGUGGCAGGCACAGGCAAUGGAAGCUGAUAAAGAAUUCUACAGUCGGAUACACAUACCCGAUGAAGAAGAUUCAAGUAGUCAGAAGCAGACAUGCCGUAGUUCUGCCUCACAGGUUGCUGAGAGCAAACCUGCAUCAGAAGGUCAGUCGAGAGGUGUGGAACUAAAACAGGCUCUUGUGAAUUUCAUAGCCUCGCUGCUAAUGCCAUUAUACAGAGGAAAAAAGAUUGACAGGGAGGGGUACAAAACAAUUAUGCGGAAAGCUGUUAACAAGAUCACGGAGUCAUGCACAGAAGGAGAGAAGUUGAUGACUUCUCAUGAGUUUCUUGAUGUUAAAAGGAAAAACAAGAUCGAAUCCUUUGUGGACAAGUUGGUUGACAGGCAUUUGUAUGUUGUUAGCAAACCUGCCAAACCAUAACGUUCACAUAUGCAGGAAGGUGUUAUGUGCGAGGGAAGAAAUUUCUCUUUUAAAACACCAAGCUGUCAUUCAGUGGCCGUGGCUCCAAAAUGGUUUCAUCAGUGUUGCUGGCAAGAUCAGCAGGACGAUUACUCAGACUAUCUGGGUGGUUGCCCAGAAGACCAUUGACCAGAUCGGCACAUUUAUUUUUGUAUCUAGUAAGCAUCAUUUCCAUCAUCAUAGCUAUAGAUCAGUCAAAGGGUUAGACCUCUGUGCACUCGACAAGCAUGUUGUGCAUGCAGUAAGCUUGGAUGGCAAGUUGAAUUCUGUGGCUUGAUGAAGUGGCAUAUGAAGAUCCGGGAUUCAGAGCGGUCUCAUAUGCAAUGAGGGCUCAUGCGCCUUACAUGAUGGUAGUUAAGUCCGGCUUAGCGGAUUAACCCUGUUCGUUGUUCAGAGUUAACUUACACCAAAGUAGAUCCUUCUCUUCUCUCUGUUGUAUAGUUCUUUUGCAGUUUCUAACAGGCAUCUAACUUAUAGUCGGUCAGGUUAAAAAGGCUGCAGUUUGGCAGAGAAGGUUGAGAUUAGCAGCCAUUUGUAUAUCCUUCGCUGCCUACAAUGUGCCCCUCCUUCAUGAUUGUUGAAUGCUAAAUGAUUGCAAAAGAAAAUUAUUUGCUACCUCCGAA